GCCCAGUCCACUCCACUAAUUUGGUUAUUCUUAGAUCUAAUGCCAUAAAAGCUCAUUAGAAUCCGUUUCAUAUCAAAAGGAUUUCAAGGCUAUGUGGAGCCCAGCUAUCAUCGUUGAAAGCGAAAACGAACGCAGGCAGACACAGCGCGACUUUUAAAACGUCGAACGCUUAACUCCAUCAUGUUUUUCUCACUUCAAUUCUUUUCAAGAAAUCUGGAAAUCUUCUAGACCAUUUAUCCAAGAUGGGAGAUCCCAGCAGUUUCCAGCUAUAUCGAUACGAUCCAUCGACUGCCGCUGCGGUCCUGUUUGUGAUCCUCUUCAUUGUGGCAUCCGGUCUUCAUACAUACCAAUUGAUCCGGACUCGAACAUGGUAUUUCAUUCCAUUUGUUAUUGGCGGAUACUUGGAAUGGAUUGGCUAUAUCGGGAGAGCAAUGUCUGGAACCCAAAGCCCCAACUAUGAACUAGGACCAUAUAUCCAGCAGACGAUGCUUCUUCUCAUUGCCCCAACGUUGUUCGCGGCCAGUAUCUACAUGGAACUCGGACGAUUGAUCUUGCUCACGGACGGUGAGAUUCACUCGAUCAUCCGACGCAAGUGGUUGACCAAGAUAUUUGUCUUGGGCGAUGUCAUUUCUUUCAUGAUGCAAGGCGCUGGCGGCGGCAUCAUGUCAUCCGGCAGCGCGAGCUCAAUGUCAACAGGCGAAAACAUCAUCAUCGGUGGUCUCGUCGUGCAACUCCUCUUCUUCUCUCUCUUCCUCAUCACAGCGCUGAUAUUCCACCUGCGCAUGCGAGAAAAACCCACCUCUUCGGCUUCCCGACCCGAUAUCCCCUGGGAGAAACAUCUAUUCGCGCUAUACGGUGGCAGUAUCCUGAUUCUGGUCCGUUCGGUGUUCCGGUUGAUUGAGUAUGCGCAGGGGAAUGAUGGAUAUAUCGUGUCACAUGAGGUAUUUUUGUAUUUGUUUGAUGCGGUGCUGAUGCUUGCGACGAUGAUGGUUUUUGCGUGGAUCCAUCCGAGUGAAGUCAAUGCUUUGCUGAAGCCAGGGAAGGGAUCCAAGGCCAUUAGGAGAGUGUAUUCGGUGUAUUCGAUGGUCUGAUGAAUCUUUAUUCAUUUAUUUCUGAUCAUCUAGAUUUUAACGUUAUACAUAAGACUUGUUUAUAGACUUCUAGCUUCGCCUACAUAUUUGACUGAUUUCUUUUGUGCAUUUCAGUAAAACCAUUAUGAUUAUCACAUGCUCCUCUUUCCUGACUUGUGGCAGUUAGAGUUCAGUAUCAUAUACCUUCUCUCCAACAAUCUGCUCAUUGUUUCCAGUUGAGUACUCGCAUCGUAUCACUUUGCUGUUACACUGAAUCUUCGAUAAGAUAAGAUAAGACGUUGUCGAUGCUGGGCCUCGGUAGUUUGGCGACACGAUACUGCUCAUUUUGAUUCAUGGAAUCAGGAAAUGAUUGAAGUAUUCUCUGAUGAGGUAUUCGAAUCAGUAUUAUGUCUACGGUUUGAGUUUUUAUGAUAUGGCAC